AUGUAUAAGGGAGUUGAUGAUGAAGAAGAAGAGUCUAACAUUUUUGUAAAAAUGUUUUUGCCAAGGUUUAAAAAAGAACUAGACUUGAAAAUGAUUGCAAAUGAAGUUGCAAUUGCAUCACAAAUGAGCAACCACAAGAAUGUUUUGAAGCUCUUGGGGUACUGCCUAGACACAGAGUUGCCUAUGUUGGUGUAUGAACUUCCAGUUCAAAGUAUUCUCUCCCAUUUUCUCGUUGAAAACGAUGGACUGCCAUUUGAGACGAAGUUAAGGAUUGUAACGUAUCUCCACCACGACCAUUUAAAGACCUUCGUCCAUAGAAAUAUCCAUAGCAAACAAGUGUUCUUAGACCAAGACUAUGGUGCCAAGCUGUUUGAUUUUCAAGCAUCACUUCCACUUCCUGAAGGCAAAACUCAUGUAGAUGCGGAUGUUAUUGGUACUAAAGGAAAUAAUUUGGGACAACUACUUUGGUAUGUUUAUGAUCCAGCUGAUAGAAAUGACAGGGUCGAUGCUUGGAAACGUGAAUCGGAGACCAAUUUGUUGCAAGAAAAAGAAGAAAAAAGAGGUCAAAUAAUGGAAUGUGCCAAACUAGUGGAGAGGUGUGUUAAACAGAAUGUGGAUUGGAGACCUAACAUGGUGGAAGUGUUAGAAAAUGAAAUGAGUCAGCAGUCAUGA